GGCAUUCGUCAACAGUGUUUGCUGAACAGAUACCCAUAAGAAAGCUGGUAUUGGUGUUUAAAAUAAAAAUAAUAAUUAAUAAUCAUGAAAGAAUUACUUUUUGUGUCUGCGUUGAUGUUGUUCGUAUGGACCGACGCGAAACCAGGUGUAGUAACACAGAAACCAGUUGAACUACAAAAAUCUGUCAAUGCUGAAGACAAUCAUGUUCGGGUACGGCGAGGGAACGCAGAUUAUGGGGACUACAUGAGCCAGAAAUCGCGCUACCAGAGUGUAGCAGAUUUUGGAAGUGGAUAUAAUAACCGAAAUACAGUUUACUUUAGUAAAGGGCUGGAUACGCCUAAUCAAAGUGCAAUCAUAAUUGGAAGGGGAUCGAAGAACACGAAUACGGUUUACUUUGGUGUAAAACCUGGAUCAGUCAAGGGAGACCCUUUCACAGGAUCAUUUUGGGAAGAUUAAUAAGAAUACUACACUCAGAAAAAGCCCAUUUAUAUUGCCUACUAUAAAAAUAAAUCAUGUUUUGUCAAGUGUUUAUAAAAAAUUGAGUAUUUAAGAUAUAAAAAAACCGGCCAAGUCGAGUCAGACUCGCGCACUGAGGGUUCCGUACUCGGGUAUUUUUCCAACAUUUUCCACGAUAAAUCAAAAACUAUUAUUCAUAAAAAUAGUCUGACUCGCACUUGGCCGGUUUUAUACUUAACUCGUUGACGAUUACUCUUUCAAAAAUAUUUUCA